AUGGGAUUCUUACUUCAGAAGCCGGCGGACGAGGCGGGCGCGGCAUGGCCAGCCAUUAUGGUUGGUCUGUUCGCGGCCUUCGGCGGGAUCCUUUACGGCUACGACACCGGUACCAUCUCCGGUAUCCAAGAGAUGGACUACUGGAAACAAGAGUUCGACAACCCCUCGGAAUCCCGGCUUUCGCUCAUUGUCUCCAUUCUAUCCGUCGGCACCUUCUUUGGUGCUUUGAGCGCUGGUUUGCUCGCUGACUGGACCGGACGGAAGUGGGGGAUCAUUCUCUCCACUAUGAUCCCCUUCAAUCUUGGUGUGGCCUUGCAGACCGCGGCAACUUCCCAGCCCCUUUUCAUCGCCGGCCGCGCUUUUGCUGGGUUCGGCGUUGGUCUGGUGUCCGUACAGGUUCCCAUGUACCAAGCCGAAACGCUGCCGGCUUGGAUCAGAGGUUUCGUCAUCGGAAGCUACCAACUGGCCAUCACCAUCGGCCUCCUGCUCGCCUCCCUCAUCAACUACGGAACCAGAGACCGCGCCGACAGCGGCUCCUACCGUAUCCCGCUCGGCCUCCAGUUCGCAUGGGCUUUGAUUCUGGCCGGCGGGCUGUUCUUCCUGCCUGAAACACCCAGGUUCCUGGUCAAGAGUGGCCAGGACGCCAAGGCGAUAAAGUCGCUCACGGUGCUGCGUCGUCUGCCCAUCGACCACCCGGCCGUGAUCGCGGAAUUCGAAGAGAUCAAGCGCAACUGGGAAUACGAGAAAACGCUCGGCACGGCAUCGUACAUCGAAUGCUUCAAGGGCAACAUCGGCAAGCGCACCUUUACCGGCAUCACGCUGCAGAGCUUGCAGCAGCUGGUCGGCGUCAACUUCAUCUUCUACUACGGGACUUCGUACUUCUCGCGCGACAACGGAUCGGCUGGCCUGCCCGACGCCUUCAUCCUGCAGGUCAUCACGAACGUGGUCAACGUGGUCACGACAUUUCCUGGCCUGUACGCCAUCGACAAGUUUGGACGGCGGUUCGUCUUGCUCGCUGGUGCGAUGGGCAUGGGUAUCAGUCAGUACAUUGUGGCUGCUUGUGGUGUCGCGACUCCGCUCAGCAACCAGGCUUCGUCCGCGGCCCAGUUCGCCUUCAUCUGCAUCUAUAUCUUCUUCUUCGCCUCGACAUUCGGUCCGGUCGCUAACGCAACAUCCAUCGCAGGUGCUUGGGUCGUGACGGGUGAAAUCUUCCCGCUGAAAGUCCGCGCCAAGUGCCUAUCUAUGACAACAGCCGCGAAUUGGUUCUUCAACUGGCUGCUGGCCUUCAUCACGCCCUACCUCACAGGCGAGGACUACGCCAACCUAGGGUCGAACAUUUUCUGGAUCUGGGGAGGUUUCUGCUGGAUCGCCGUCGCCUUCGUCUACUUCUUCGUCUACGAAACCAAGGAGUUGACUCUGGAGCAGGUCAAUGAGCUGUACGACAACGUCAAGCUGGCGCCGAAGAGUGUGGGCUACCGGACACAGCUUAGGCGCUCUUCCAUCAGCCAGGAUGACGAGAAUAAGACGGAACAUACGGAGCAGAAGGAGGCGGUCUGA